CCUCAGUGACAAAAUCCCUGAACUUUGUUGAGAAAUCCAGGCCUGAUCUGCUGAUUAUAUGAGCCUGAGUAUUAGAGCAGAAGCCUGAGCUGGACUCUGAAGAUCACAACAUGAAGCUGGAUUUGACCUCAGCUGUGUCUUCCUUAUCGUUAUUGCUCGUCUGUCUGUCUCCAGUUUGCUGUGUGCGGCCUGUGAACUGCAGAUGGGGGCCUUAUGGGAACUGGUCUGAAUGUGAUGGAUGCACAAACACAAAGGUUCGUACUCGUCACAUGGAGACGUACGCUCAGUUCAAAGGUGUACCCUGUCCAGGAGAGGCCAUGCAAACACAGCAGUGUCAACCACAAAAGGGUUGUCCUCUGACAGGUGGAUGUGGAAACCGGUUCCGCUGCAUCUCCGGUCAGUGUAUCAGUCAGUCUCUGGUCUGUAAUGGAGACCAGGACUGUGAGGACGGUCUGGACGAGAGACACUGUGAAGACGACAGCGGCCAUUACUCAUGUGACCUCGAUAAAACGCCACCAAACUCAGAGUUAACAGGCAGGGGGUACGACGUUCUUACAGGUGAACUGAGGGCAGCAGUGAUCAACACGCUCAGCUUCGGAGGACAGUGCAGGAAGGUGUUCAGUGGAGACCAUAAAGUUUACUACAGGUUACCACAGAACAUCCUCAGGUACAACUUUGAGGUAACAGUAGAUAAUGAAGAGAGUGAUGAAUCAUACGAGAGUUCCUGGUCCUACAUGCAGCAUGUCCAGUCCAACGCUUUAUUUGGACACGACCGCCGCACCUUCCACAAAGAGCUCACGGACAAUAAGGCCCACAGGCUGAUCAUCCUGAAGAACAAGGUGGAACUGGCCCAGUUUCAGAACUCGGCGCCCCAGUAUCUGACUCUAUCUGAGGGUCUGUGGAGGGCUCUGUCCUCGCUGCCGCUCACGUACGACUACCCCGCCUACCGCCAGCUGCUGCAGACCUACGGGACCCACUACAUGUCUGAAGGUUCACUGGGAGGAGAGUACCAGGGUCUGCUGGAGCUGGACCGACAGGCGCUCCAAUCAUCCACUACGACAGAUCGGGAAUACCAGAGGUGUUGGAGGAAAGUGAAGCGCCGAUUCUUCCGGAAGAAAGUCAAAACCGUCUGUGAAAAACUGACCCAGGCGUUGUCCUUCCGUGACGGACACACCGUAAACAAACUGCCAAUAAAGGUCAAUGUUUUCGGAGGAGAUCCAUCGUUCAUCAGUGCUCUGAUGGUUCUGGAUCUGGAAAACCCAGAAGCCAACGGAGAGACCUACGACAACUGGGCCUCGUCUGUUAGAGACUUCCCUCAAGUCAUCGACCGGAAGCUGCGUCCUCUGUAUGAGCUGGUGAAGGAGGUGCAGUGUGCCGGCCUGAAGAAGCUCCACCUGAAAAGAGCCACAGAGCAGUACCUGGAGGAGGAGCAUCCGUGUCGUUGUCGGCCCUGUCGGAACAACGGGCGCCCGCUGCUGACGGGGUCCCAGUGCAGCUGCGUCUGUCGACCCGGAACCUCAGGACCGGCCUGCGAAGUGGGCGCCGUGAUCGGAGAACCAGCAGGUGUGACUGAUGGCAGCUGGAGCUGCUGGUCCUCCUGGGGGUCAUGCUCUGGGGGUCAAAGGUCAAGAAGUCGGAGCUGCAACAACCCAGCCCCCAGCGGAGGAGGCCUCCACUGCACCGGGCCACAGGUGGAGCAGGAACCCUGUGAAGACCCAGAAGUCCAGCACUUACAGACGAUGGAACCUCAGUGUUUCGGUCUGUCUGUGCCUCCACCAGUGACAUGUGGACAUCCUCCUCACCUCAGUAACGGAUUUAUCCAGAAUCCCAGAGAAACGUACGUGGUGGGAAACACCGUGGAAUACUCGUGUGUUAGUGGUUUUUAUCUCAGUGGAAACGCCGUGGCUGAAUGCCUCCAAAACCAAACGUGGAGCAAAGGAGCCAUGGUUUGUAAAAGUUCUUCGUGUUGGCGUCCUCAGCUCAACUCUGACAUCACAGCCACGCCCUCUAAAUCCACCUAUGACAUCGGAGACAGUAUCUCCCUGUCCUGUCCCCCAGGGACAGUCCUGGAGGGCGGCGUGUCCCAGACCAUGUGCAGCCCCAGUCUGCAGUGGUCUCCGUCACCAGAGGGCGCGUACUGUGAAGCAGCGCCUACGACGGCGUCUCCUCUCUCAGGCCUCAGGUGUGAACUGUGGGAAGACGAAGGUGAACGUGGGUGUGUCUGCAAAAUGCCAUUCGAGUGCCCGACGUCACUACUGUUGUGCGCUAAAGUCAGCUCGAGUCGACCGCGUUUGCUCAGUGUUUGUCAGCUGGGGGCGCUGCGCUGCGUGGGGCGGAGCUUCACUUUGACCAAUGACAGCGAGUGUCAGUGGCCAGACGAGACGUCCUGCAGCAGCUGUGGACCAGGGACGCUCUGUGACGAUUCUACAAACACAUGCGUUUGCCAGAGAGCAUCCGAAUGCCCCACAGACUCCGCCCCCUUGUGCAUCAGCUCCGGUGAGGAUGGUGUUUCCGUGACGACCAGUGAGUGCGAGGUCGGUGCCCGGCGAUGUGCAGGGGAGCGGGUCGCCGUGAUCGGCAUCGAGGCGUGUCCAUAGUAACACGAACACGGACGAACGCACACUGAUCCGGAAACGUGUGGGGUAAAUGUACAGUUUUAGUCACAGACAGUUUCAGACGUUUAGAGUUUUUUCAACCAGAUUAUACUGAGUUAAUCAUCUUAGAGUUACCAGGUUUUUUACUCAUACACAUGUGAGUCUAUGUCCAAAAUGUACGAAUUAUCAAAAAUAAUAUGUGUGUAAAAGUCUAUUAUCUAACAUUUUGGAGGAGUUUAUGUUUAA